UGCACACGAACGCGCGCGUGCGCGUGGACAAAGGCAAGAGGCCAUAGGGUUGGCGGCGGACAGCAAGAGCGAGAAGGCGUCAGAGUCCGAUGACCAAAGCAGUCACGUCUAGCUCCGAUCCACCCCGCGCCGAGAUUAACGAACUAAUCAAUCGCUUAAUUAAUGUCGCUGCCUUGCCGUGUUUUUACACUGCUAUCUUGUUUAUUUAUCUUCUUCUUCUUCUUCUUUUAACGAAGCAGCUAGCACAGGAUCGUAGUAGUUUGCACUGGUCAGCUUUUGACAUUUUCAUCAGGUAAUAGAUAGAUAGACCCACACGGCACGGCUGGCCUAUAUGUAGACAGACAAGGGAGCCUGCAGGCUGCAAAUGCAGAAAAGGAGCAAAGGUGCUAGACCGUACAAGAGAAGAUAGAAAAAGUGCUCGCUGAUGGAGCUCAAGACUCUUGUUUUCAAGGAGCUGAUGGUGAGAGGUGCAGAUAAGAUGAACUUGGCCGACGAACCGGCCGGGCAAUUUCUCACGCUUAGCCUGGGGCCGACGAGGGCGAUCGCCGCAAGUUGCCACGCCACGGGAGGGGACAUCGUCGAUGCAAAGCUGCGAGCACACGCCGGGGACGACGAGGCCGCCGCCACCGCCGGUUUGGCCCUUGGGCUGCGCUGCGACAGCGGCGAGCCACCAGUAGUCCGCGCCGUCGUCUCCGCCGGCACCAAGCGGCAGAGGGCGGCGAGCGACGACGACCGGCACGGCACCACCGCCGGGGGCAGCAAGCGGAAGGCGCUGGUGCUGCCGGCGCCGCCGCGGCAGGAGAGGCCGGCGGCGGGCCGCGUCUCCUUCCGGGCGCGGUGCAGUGCGGCGACGGUGAACGACGGGUGCCAGUGGCGGAAGUACGGGCAGAAGGUGGCCAAGGGCAACCCGUGCCCGCGCGCCUACUACCGCUGCACCGGCGCGCCCGACUGCCCCGUGAGGAAGAAGGUGCAGAGGUGCGCGCGGGACAUGUCCGUGCUGGUCACCACCUACGACGGCGCCCACAACCACCCGCUCACGCCCUACGCCGCCGCGAUGGCGUCCGCCAUGCUCGCGUCCGCCGCCGCCUCGUCGUCGCCGUCGUCGUCUGCGGCAGCGGCAGCGGACGCGACGGGCACUGCCACGGCCGCUCGGGCGGCGCGCGGCACGCCGAUGCUCGUACGGCCCGUGGCCGUGCUGCCGCCGCGACGCUAUCCAUCGAGCGGCGGCGCGCCGGCUGCGGCGGCGUCGAGCCAGAACGUCGGCCCGGUGGCCAGCAUCAUGCAGAAGGCGGUCGCCGACCCCAAGUUCCGCGCGGCGGUGAUGGCCGCCGUCGCGAGCUACGUCGGCGAGCAGUGCGGUGGGAGAACCAUCGACGACUUGUUGACCCUGGCACCUCCCUGCUAACUGAUGCGAUUGACAAAUAAAUAAAUGAGGAUGUAAAAAGUUGUGACAUUGUAGGUUUAUUAUCCAAUUCCAUUUCUUUUCUUCUUCUUUUUUUGUGAAAACCCCAUUCCAUUUCAUUUGUUCAUUCAUACACAAUAAUUUAACAUAUCAGUUCAUUCUGAUUGUAACACCAUUUUAAUUGGUUUAUUUGUUCCACAUGAUGCAACA